UCCCUGCCAAAGAGGUGGGGUUAAACCUCGCAAUCACUUACAAUUGUCAUUCAGCUGCUGGAGAAAACAUUGCUUCUUCUGUUUCCUGACUGAAACAUCUUUUCUUGCAGUGAUGUCAUCCUCCACCCCGCUUCUGUCAGAGGAGUUGUUCCAGUGCUCGGUGUGUCUAGAUGUUUUCACCCUUCCUGUGUCCCUCCCAUGUGGUCAUACGUUUUGCCAGUCAUGUAUCCUUGCACAGUGGACAGCAUCUGGCUCCUCCCAUUGCCCCAAAUGCUCCACGGUUUUCCAGGAAACACCAGAGCUCUGUGAAAAUUCUUUUGCUUGUGAGAUGGCCAAACAAAUCCGUAAUCAGAGGGGUCAGAGGUCAACAGAGUAUCAUCCAGUCACAUCAGACAAUGUUUUAUGUGACAUGUGCCCAUUAGAAAAAGCGUCCUGUGCUGUAAGAUCAUGCCUGGUGUGUGUGGCAUCAUACUGUGAGGUACAUAUGACUUCUCACACCUCCAGGUUCACCAAGCACACAAUGGUGCAGCCUCAGCGGAUGGACAAGCGAAUUUGCAGGAUACACGAAAGACCCCUGGAGCUUUACUGCAGAUAUGACCAGUCUGCUAUUUGUGUGCUUUGCAUGAAUACAGAACACAGCACACACCACACAAUACCAGUGGCGAAAGAAUGGGCAGAGAGAAAGACUCAGUUAUUAAAGACACAGUCUGACCUGAAGCGGAUGAUUAUGGAAAGAUGGAGUAAAGUUGAUGAACUCAGACACUCUAUAAAACUAAAUAAAGAGAACAUAGAAAGAGAGAUGGCAUACAGUGUUGAAGUCUUCACUGCACUGCAGCAGUUUAUUGACAGAAGCCAGUCUGAGCUGCUCAGGAAGAUGAAACACAAACAGAAAACUGAAGAGAAACGUGUAGAGAGCCUCAUUAAAGAGCUGGAGAGGGAGAUCGCUAAACUGAAUGCUAGAAACUCUGAACUGGAAAAGCUGUCAUGUUCUGAGGAUCACCUCAACCUUAUACAGGCUUUCCGUAGUCCAGGUGAGGUGCCUAAGUGUAAAAGCUGGUCUCAGCUCAGUGUGCACACCCAUCAGGGUCUGGAGGUGCUCAGAGAAACCCUGAAUGCUGCAGAAGAACUGCUGAAAACACAAAUAUACACCGUCACAAAGAGAGAACUUGAGGCAAUAUCCCAGUAUGCAGUGGAUAUGACCCUUGACCCUGACACAGCAAACCCCUGGUUGGUGGUGUCUGCAGACAGGAAGUGUGUGACUGACGGCAAUGUAGAAUGCAAUGUUCCAAACAAUGCUGAACGUUUUGACAUGGCACCAUGUGUCCUGUCAAGAGAGCCCAUCUCAAGGGGAAGGGCUUAUUGGGUAGUUGGAGUCUCAGGUAAAACAGCCUGGGACUUGGGAGUGGCCAGGAAAUCUGUCAACAGGAAGGGUUUGGUGACGUUGAGCCCAGACUAUGGUUACUGGGCAGUUUGCCUGAGAGGGGGCUCCGAGUACAGGGCUUGUGACUGUGAAUCAGUGCUUCUGUCACUAAAGACUCUUCCUCAAAGAAUUGGCAUAUAUGUGGAUUAUGAAAACGGUCAGGUAUCCUUUUAUGAUGUGAGAACAUGCACACAUAUCUACUCAUUCACUGGACAGCGCUUUACAGAGAGCUUACUGGCCUACUUUAACCCAGACAUGAAUGACACAGGAAAUAACAAUGCCCCACUGGUUAUACAACCUGUCAAUAUUGACAAUGGAGAUAAAACAUAUGAAACUGUCACAAUAUAAAGAAUGUUAAUCAACAAACAUAGAAAUGUAACAAAGCAAAUGUUGUCAGAUUGAAGAAAAUUGAUAGAGUUUAUUGAUAAAGACAAAGAGAUGAUACUUGUUAAUCUAUUCAAAUGUUUAUUGAUUUUUGCUGAAUAACCUGCAUAUCCAGUUAGUUAAAUGAUGCAAUGAGAACACAAACCAUUGUUUAUUCAAGAUUUGAUUUAAUAUGACAUUUGUGAUUCCAAAUCACUUGUAAUUAAAUGUGUAGAAUAUUUCCAGUCACGAAAAAUGUUAACUUAUGCAAUCUAAAACUUUUAUUCACACACACGUUUGUAUACAGUAUGUGGCUUCUCCAUAGGUGUAACCCAUUUGAUGGGUUGUGUUUUGACUUUGUGGUCAGUCAACCUAUUAAAGAUUUUUCAUAAAAAAAAUAAAAUAAAUAAAUAAAUAAAUAGCACUCUAAAAUCUGUUCAGCUUCACCUCGUGCCAUCUGGUCUGUCAGACUUCUAAGUUUCAACCAGUCAAACGUAUAGCGUGAUCACAGCUAAAUCACUAGUGCACUAGAUCAGUAGCACAAUCUGUUGUACUAGUCAGUGGAGUGCACGGAAACUUUGUCACAACAGCAAAGCCAUGUUCACGUGUUCGUUUGGCGGGAGAUUAAACUUCCAUGGUGGUGGACUUAACCUGUAAUUCGUCAACUGGUCAGUAGAGGCUGGCUGCAAAAGGGAGUCAAUCCCAUAGACUCCCCAUGUUAAAAUGCCCAACUUUACAGCAGAAAAAACAUUUACAGCCUGGUUCAAAAAAUG